UGCGGCCAGCGUCAAACAGGGAGAUACACAGAAAGGCAUUAGCAGUGCCAUCCAGUGUCACAAUGCUUUCCACAGAGGUCACCACAUACACCAGCGAUCCUUCCUCUCAGGACAGGGAGGAGUCGGAAGCAUCCACCCUACUCAUCCCUCUCCAGGACGGGGACUCACCUCCCUAUCAGGAUGCUGUGGCUCCAUCCGGCUGGUCCCUCAACUGUAAGGCCAUGAUGGUCAUCAGCGUUGGCAUGCUGCUGUUUGGAUCUGGCACAGCACUGUCCUUGCUCUUCUUCACCCAGGUGGGUAAUGUCCCCUACCUGCUGGGACCCCUAUUCCUCUCUAUGGGUCUGAUGUUCCUGGUCACUGGCCUGGUGUGGUUGUCCAUUCUAAAACAGAGCCUGGAGCACAGGUCUUUUACCACGGUCAACCAAGUGGAGUGGAGAAGUGGAGCACAAACACCACUGAUGGAGAACUCAGGCUGAAAGCACCAGGACCCAAAAACCAUCAAAACUGAAAGUGAAUAGCAGUGGACAGUCACAGGUUGGGACAGUGGCUUGAUUUAAAUGACCAGACAUGGUUGCAUCAUGGGACAUAUUGGAUACAGUGUUUUUGGAACUUUGUCUAGCAUCAAAACUGAAAAAACUUUUUUGUUUGAUUGUUCUAUCGAUCCUGUCAAUGUCAAUUUCAGCCAGCAAAGCUGCAAAAUAAUGAUCCAUUGAUAAAACCACUGUAAAAUGAGAUUGUAAGACCUGAUGAGCAUAAUAUAUAUGUAUUUCAUGGGCAUAAAUGUAGAUAUGAUUAUUAUUUCUGUAUAUGUGUAAUUUGCGGCAAUCUGCAGGUCAUCAAGCGGCACUGAGCGAGAUUCAGGCUUGAGAGAGCUGAACACAGUCACUUCAACAAGUUAUAUUCUGUCAAAAGACUGAGUAAGAGCGAUCACACACUCAGAUAAAGUAUGUGUAACAAUUCA